CAUCCUAUUACCAGCACAAUCCACCAGCCACUCUUUGUCUGUGGUUAGGAGAGAAGGCAGAGAGUCAAGGGUUUGCCUGAGAAAAGCUGAAUUUUCAGAAGAAGGGUACGCAAACCCUCAGAAAGAACGGUGGAAAAAGGCCUGGAUGCUUGCCACCGUAAUUGUUUCUGUUAUAAACUCUUGAAUUAUAUUCUAUUUCUGACACUUCUAGACCAGAGCUAUCUUAAGCUGCAUGAAGAGCCACCGUUUCUUUCUGGAAAGGUCUUAAGUCACUAGUAUAGACAAUGCAGAGCACCUGGAUCCUGCUGCUUGCCUCUCUGGGCUUCUCUACCCUGGCUGGUGCUGAGAAAGGCCUCGAGUUCCCACGUUAUGAUGGCAAAGAUCGUGUCCUGGACAUAAAUGAGAAGAACUACCGCAAAGCCCUGAAGAAAUACGACAUGCUGUGCCUGUUCUACCACGCUCCUCUGCCAACUGCAAAAGAACUGCAGAAACAGUUACAAAUGACUGAAUUAGUGCUAGAGUUAGCUGCUCAAGUCUUGGAGGAAAAGGAUAUUGGCUUCGGAAUGGUUGACUCCCAAAAAGAUGCUAAGGUUGCCAAGAAACUAGGUCUGCAUGAGGAAGGCAGUGUCUAUGUCUUUAAGGAUGACCGUGUGAUUGAAUUUGAUGGCCUGCUCGCUGCAGACACUCUUGUGGAAUUCCUUUUGGAUCUGUUGGAAGAUCCGGUUGAGAUCAUUGACAAUGCUUUGGAGCUACAAGCUUUUGACCGUAUGGAAGAAGACAUCAAGCUCAUUGGUUUCUUUAAGAGUCAUGACUCUGAGCAUUAUCUUGCUUUCCAAGAGGCAGCUGAACAGUUUCAGCCUUUUAUCAAAUUUUUUGCCACCUUUGAGAAAUCAGUUGCGAAAGAGCUGACUCUGAAGAUGAAUGAGGUAGACUUCUAUGAGCCCUUCAUGGAGGAACCGAUCACCGUUCCAAACAAACCACACUCAGAAGAAGAGUUGGUGGCCUUCAUAUCCGAACACAGGAGACCAACUCUGAGAAAGCUCAGGGCAGAAGAUAUGUUUGAGACCUGGGAGGAUGAUUUGAACGGAAUUCACAUUGUAGCCUUUGCAGAAGAGGAGGACCCAGAUGGUUUUGAAUUCUUGGAGAUAUUAAAGGAGGUGGCCAGAGACAACACACACAAUCCAGACCUGAGUAUUGUGUGGAUUGACCCAGACAACUUCCCACUGCUCAUUCCUUACUGGGAGAAGACCUUCAAGGUUGACCUCUUCAGGCCACAGAUCGGUGUAGUUAAUGUUACAGAUGCGGACAGUGUCUGGUUGGAGAUAUCUGAUGAUGAUGACCUGCCAUCGUCUGAAGAGCUGGAAAACUGGAUAGAAGAUGUGCUCUCUGGAACAGUGAAUACAGAGGAUGAUGAUGAUGAUGAUGAUGAUGACGACGACGAUGAUGAAGACGAUGACGAUGAUGACAAUGAUGAUGACGAUGAUGAUGAUGACGAUGAUGAAGAUGAUGACGAUGAUGACGAUGAUGAUGAAUGAUUCAUAUACUGUGAACCUCAACGAAUCUGCUAAAAAUAACUUUUUUUCAGCUAAAUCAUUUUGUACAUUUUGCGCACUGCAUAAAUUGAAAUCAUACAAGUCAAAGAAUUCUAUUAUUUAUCUAGGCGAAAAUAAUUUAUUUUCAUCACCUCCAAACUGGAAAUAUACUUGAUAAAGGGAUUCAAAUGAAAUUCUGCAGUGCAAGUUUGUCACUGCAUCAGUAUUUACUCUCCUGUACAGUUUCUAUGUAAUCAAUCACACAAGGCAAUAAAACUUUAUAACAGG